AUGGAGUCCCAGUGCGACUACUUCAUGUAUUUCCCGGCUGUGCCCUUCCCGGCCCGCGAGGUGCUCCUGGGGGAGCCAGGCCGGUACCGGGCCUUGCCCCGGAGGAACCACCUCUAUCUGGGCGAGACGGUCCGCUUCCUGCUGGUCCUGCGGUGCCGCUCGGGAGCCGGCGGCGCUCCGCGGCCGCCCUGGGGGGAGCUGGCAGGCUCGCUCUCGGCCCUGGCCAGCGUCAGCCCGGCCGGCGUUGGCGUUGGCGGCGGCGUUGGAGACGAGGCCCUCCUUGGUGAAGCAGCGGAGGAGGGCGCGGCUGGAGCCGGAGAGGCGGCCGCCAACGGAAGCGUCUUCCGGGAGUGCCGGGCGCUCCUGACCCACGGCCACGGCACCCCGGGAACGACUGCAGUCCCCCCCGAGGAGCCCAUCGUGUCCACCGACGAAGUCAUCUUUCCGCUGACCAUUUCUCUGGACAGGCUGCCCCCCAGCACCGUCAAAGCCAAAAUCGUGGCGACCGUUUGGAGACGCGACCAAGAGAGAGGCGAGGUCCGGGAGCGCGGCUACCUCAGCAUCCUGCAGGAUCGGGCCCCUUCCCAGAUCUUCCGCGAAGAGCAGGGCGCCUUCAAGGCGCAAGUGAGCACCAUGCUGACGGUGCUGCCCCCGCCGGAGCUGAAGUGCCAGCAGCUGAACGUGUCCGGGAAGCACUUGACGGUGCUCAAAGUUCUGAACGCUGCCUCCCAGGAUGAGCUCUCGGUGUGGGAUGUGCGGAUCCUGCCCAACUUGAAUGCCAGUUACCUUCCCAUGAUGCCAGACGGCUCCGUCUUGCUAGUAGAUGAUAUCUGCCACCAAUCCGGUGAAGUCUCCAUGGCCUCCUUUUGCCAGGUGCCCUCGGCCACUUCCGCUUGGCCCUGCUCCCUCCGGGCGCUGGAGGAGCAGAACUUCCUUUUCCAGCUGCAGGCGCCAGAGCAGCCCCCUGACAGCACCAAAGAGGGCCUGGAGGUUCCUCUUAUUGCGGUGGUGCAGUGGUCGACCCCCAAGCUGCCCUUCACAAGCAGCAUCUACACGCACUACAGGUUGCCCAGCAUCCGCCUUGCUCGUCCCAGGUUUGUGAUGACUGCAGAAUGUGAGUCGCCAGUUGUCUUGCACCGGCGCUUUGUAGUUACGUACACACUCAUCAAUAACUUGCAGGACUUCCUGGCAGUACGCCUGGUCUGGACGCCAGAAAGUGCUGCUGCAGGGAAGAAGCCAAAUGUCUGCGAUGAAUGCCGUGCCACACCAGACCCUCAAGACUCCAUUGUGUGCCAGACCCCCCUCAACAACCUGGGAUUCUCCCGCAAGGGCAGCGCCCGCACCUUCUGUGUCACCUUCCAGGCUCUGCGUGCUGGCUUGUUUGAGCUGUCCCAGCACAUGAAGCUGAAACUCCAGUUCACAGCCAGUGUGUCCAACCCCCCUCCGGAGGCCCGGCCGGUCUCCCGCAAAAGCAGCCCUGGGAGCCCAGCAGUGCGGGAGCUCGUGGGGCGUCAUCAGGCCAGUCUCGGGCGCUCCCAGAGCUUCUCACACCAGCAGCCGGCACGGGGACACCUUCUGAGGUCAGGAAGCGUCAUGGAGCGCCGGGCCAUAACUCCCCCUGUAGGCUCCCCAGUGGGCCGCCCUCUUUACUUGCCCCCGGACAAGGCUGCUCUUUCCCUUGACAAAAUUGCCAAACGAGAGUGCAAGGUGCUGGUGCUAGCGCCCGUCACAUGACAGAGGGGUCCCUGCCCCUCCCCAAAAAGGGCAGCGCUGGCUGCAUUCAGCCUGCCCUUGGAGCCAACCCACAGCAUGUACCACCCAGUCUCAGAACAGGAUCUGCUCCAGACACCUGAACUUCACAGGACAACCCCCUCCUCGCCCAACCAGC